UUUCUUAUUUAAGCUCUAUAUUAUUCUCUUUUUGGGUCAUUCUUUCGAUUUUCAAUAACACAAUAUUUGAACAGCUUUAUCUAAAUUAAAUAAAUAAAAAGUCUUUUUACUGCUAAGAAAAAUAGUUACAUCAACGUCCAUGCAACAUCAAUAAACUGCUCCAUUAGUCAUUUCGUAUCUACCACUUUAUUCCGUACUGAAGCAGCAAUUUAGUCAUGUUUAGUCAAGUAGACUUUUUUUUGCUCAUAAUAUGUUAAGAUAUAUGCUUAUUUCCUUUUCUCUAAACAUUCUUAUGGAAUAAAGAGCUUUAAACAAUUUUUUUCGCAAUGUCUUCUGUCCAAAAGGGGCAAUAUUCUUCUGUUCCAACAGAUAACGGUAAAUCGAAUGAUGUUUUGCCUGAUGUGACUUUUAAACAAGACCAUGCUCAUGAGAACGAAGAAAAAUGCACAAUUAUCCCGAUGCGUGUAGUGUUGGUCAUAUUAGGCUGUUUUGGCUUUAUUACAUUUUAUGCAAUGCGUGUAAAUCUUAGCGUGGCAAUGGUUGCCAUGGUUGGGAAACCUCGUCGAGUGGCCAAUGGAACAAAUGAAACAUUACAAACAUGUCCGGAACUUAUAAAUUCGAGGAAUGCCACCAAAGUAGAAGAAACUAAGAUAAUAAUGGGAGAAUUCGAUUGGGAUUCUCAAAUCCAAGGGCAAAUUCUGGGAUCUUUCUUCUAUGGUUACCUCUUCACUCAAAUACCUGGAGGAAUUCUUGCAGAAAAAUGUAGCGCAAAGUGGGUAACUGGAUUUGGUAUCCUCGUAACUGCUAUUUUUACAUUGUUGACACCCUUAGCCGCUAGAUGGAGCAUUUGGACAUUGAUGGCUGCUCGCGUCAUAGAAGGACUAGCUUCGGGUGUUGUACCACCGGCAAUGACCGUAAUGAUUAGCCAAUGGUCGCCAAAGAAUGAACGAAGUAGAAUAACGACUGCGAUUUGUGUAGGAAUUAUGGUUGGCACCGUCAUUACAAAUCCCAUAACGGGAAUAUUAUGUGAAAGCCCUAUAUUUGGUGGAUGGCCCUCAGCAUUUUACAUCUUUGGUAGCCUUGGUUGUGUCUGGUUUCUUUUGUGGGCAGUUUUGGUUUAUGAAAGUCCAGAAACUCAUCCUUUCAUAACAAAAAAAGAAUUAACAUUCAUACAAGCAAACAUCGAAAAAAGAGCUAAGAUUAACGUUAAAAUUCCAUGGAAAUCCAUUUGGACAUCGUUGCCAGUGUGGGCGGUAGUUAUUGGUCAUUUUGGACACAACUGGGCAUUUUACACUUUGUUGAUUAUGGCACCAACAUAUUUGUCCAAUGUUUUGCAUUUUGAUUUAAAGAAUAAUGGAAUACUAUCUGGCCUGCCAUGGUUGACUAUGACAUUGUGUUCGAUAUUGGCUAGUUUAACAGCUGACACAAUCAGGGCCAGCGGUCGACUCGAAAUCACAACGAUCAGGAAACUCAUGACCAGCAUUGCAAUAUUUUUACCAGGAGUUUGUGUUCUUUCCAUUGCUUUUAUCGGAUGUCAUCCUAUCAUUAUAGUAGCCGUCCUCUGCUUAUCCUUUGGAUUUAAUGGUUUUAUAUUUUCGGGUGUCCUCGUUAAUCACGUAGAUAUGAGUCCACAAUUUGCUGGAACAUUGUUUGGAAUAACCAAUACCGCUGCUACGCUACCGGGAUUUCUAGCACCAACAUUGAUUGGAGUAAUUCUGAAAAGUGGGCAAACUUUGAAUAACUGGGGAAUCAUUUUCAUGAUGACAUCAGCUAUUUAUUUCAUCGUUGGCAUAUUUUACAUCAUAUUUGCUUCUGCGGAUCUGCAGCCAUGGAACAACAUUAACGAAGAUAGACAUUCGAAAGAGUUGCCAAAAUCUGCAGUUUCUUUUAAGAGCCCGUCUUCUUACAGCGUCAAAUACAUCAAUCAUCAGAAUGAUGAAAGAAGUGACAUCUUAGCAGAAGAACCAUUAAAUAGAUAAAAAUAAAAAGAACUUCAUUCAUGAUAAUUAAUAUUAAAUGAUAUUAUCAUUAAAUGAUAUCAUUAACUUAACUCUCUGUACACAAACGGAACAAAAGUGACAGAAAGUUUUUUUUUCUGUGUGUGGGUGUUAAAUACAAUACAUAGAAUAAUACAAUACAUAGAAUGAUGUCGAAGACAAAACGUAGAAUACAAAAAAUGUUAAAGACCAUACAUAGAAUGUUAAAGACAAUGGCAGGAUGUUCGACUGAAUGUUAAAUAUCGCAUGAUUCAUAUUGUAUUUUCAAUAUUUUAUUCCGAAGAUACAGUAAGAAUGUUAAAUAUAGCAUGAUUCAUAUUGUAUUUUCAAUAUUUUGUCCCGAAGAUACAGUAAGAAUGUUAAAUAUAGCAUGGGUCAUACUGUAUUUUCAAUAUAUUAUUCCGAAGAUACAGUAAGAAUGUUAAAUAUAGCAUGAUUCAUAUUGUAUAUUCAAUAUUUAAUUCUGAAGAUACAGUAAGAAUGUUAAAUAUAGCAUGAUUCAUAUUGUAUAUUCAAUAUUUUAUUCUGAAGAUACAGUAAGAAUGUUAAAUAUAACAUGAUCCAUAUUGUGUUUUCAAUAUUUUAUUCCGAAGAUAUAGUAAGAAUGUAGAAGCCAAUAUGGCCCACUUUCAUCACAGCAUUUUUACAAAAUAUCUAAAUCGACAGUGAGUUUAAAGGAAACAAUUUUUUUUUUAAGUAAUAAUGUUUAUUUCUUCUCAUUCACGUCUGGCUUGUCUUGAACAUGGGCGUCUAUUUUUGAGUGCUUGAAACAUGUCAACUGUUGUACCCAAUCUGUAUAGUUUUGAAGCAAAUGAAGCUUUACAAUCAAUGUAGUUUUAUAACAUGGUGUACCUAG